UCCCUCGGUUCCCAUUAUAAAAUUUCAUUUCAUGUGGGUUUCAUUUCCGCUGUCCUCUCUCUCAAACACACGGCUGCUCUCCUCUCUCUCUCUCUCUCCUCCGAUUCCGGAGCGAAGGAGAAACCCCUCAGCGAUCUUUUCGCGGUCGCGGAAGGCUGUGUGCAAGUUUAACGUAAAGUAUGGCUGAUGCCGAGGACAUUCAACCCCUGGUCUGUGACAAUGGAACAGGGAUGGUGAAGGCUGGAUUUGCUGGAGAUGAUGCCCCCCGAGCUGUUUUUCCAAGCAUCGUUGGUCGGCCCCGCCACACUGGUGUCAUGGUUGGGAUGGGACAGAAAGAUGCUUAUGUUGGUGAUGAGGCCCAGUCCAAGAGAGGUAUUCUGACUUUGAAAUACCCUAUUGAGCAUGGAAUUGUCAGUAAUUGGGAUGAUAUGGAGAAGAUCUGGCAUCAUACCUUCUACAAUGAGCUCCGUGUAGCACCUGAAGAACAUCCAGUUCUUCUCACAGAAGCCCCUCUGAAUCCGAAGGCCAACAGGGAAAAGAUGACCCAAAUAAUGUUUGAGACGUUUAAUGUUCCUGCCAUGUAUGUUGCCAUUCAAGCUGUCCUCUCCCUUUAUGCCAGUGGACGUACCACAGGUAUUGUGCUGGACUCUGGUGAUGGUGUCAGCCACACAGUCCCAAUCUAUGAGGGAUAUGCACUUCCACAUGCUAUCUUACGGCUUGAUCUUGCUGGUAGAGAUCUGACAGAUGCUCUGAUGAAGAUUUUGACUGAGAGGGGGUACUCCUUCACUACCACAGCCGAGCGGGAAAUUGUUCGUGACAUUAAAGAGAAGCUUGCUUAUGUAGCGCUUGAUUACGAGCAAGAGCUCGAGACUGCCAAAAGCAGCUCGGCAGUUGAGAAAAGCUAUGAGCUACCUGAUGGCCAGGUCAUCACCAUUGGGGCCGAACGCUUCAGGUGCCCUGAGGUGCUCUUCCAGCCUGCUCUCAUUGGUAUGGAAACCCCUGGUAUCCACGAGACUACCUACAAUUCUAUAAUGAAGUGCGACGUGGAUAUCAGGAAAGACUUGUAUGGGAACAUUGUGCUUAGCGGAGGGUCCACCAUGUUCCCGGGCAUUGCCGACCGUAUGAGCAAAGAGAUCACUGCACUUGCUCCUAGCAGCAUGAAGAUCAAGGUGGUGGCACCACCUGAAAGGAAGUAUAGCGUCUGGAUCGGAGGUUCCAUUUUGGCUUCUCUAAGCACAUUCCAGCAGAUGUGGAUAUCCAAGGCAGAAUAUGAUGAAUCUGGACCAGCUAUUGUUCACAGGAAGUGCUUCUAGAUGUUCUUUCAGGAUAUUGGUUCUGCAUCUUUAUGUAUCUGAUGGUAGUAGAUGCAUCUGAGGUAUGGUCUUGUUGGUUGGUUAAUUUUAUGUUUGUUUGUUUUUUUCUUGUUUUUUUGCCCUUUUUCUUGUUUUGUUUUUUCUUUUUUUUGGGGUGGGGGGUGGACUCUUUUUCCACCUUGUUAUAUCGGAUAUAUUGUUAUCAAAGUAUGCUAGAUAUGUACCUGUACAAGUAGUUUGGAUUGAGCUACUCUGAAGGUCAAUGCUUUGCUGAAAUUUCUACAACGCUGCUGCAUCCUCCCUUGAUCA